CUGCUAAUGCUUCUGGUUGAUAAUGGGGAUGGCGAGAUAGCUUUAAGCGGCACACGGAUUUCUUACGUCCUCUUUUCAACGCAGCACACUUCCCCUAUCGACGUAGUCUUCUCCGGUCACCGCUGCACAACCCCCAAAUCUUCUUCCGCCAUUCACUCCGCCGCUUCAACUUCCUCCACAUUACCAGCACAGUUCCUGAGGAUCUAGACUCCAAUUUCCGCUCUUCAUGCUCUUCUCCACUUUUGAUUAUUAGGGUUUUCUUUUGCCUGCUGCUUUCUUUCUCACUUCCCUUGGCGUAUUUCAUUCCUACAAGCUGCAAUUUGAGGCUAUAACCUUUGCACAUUUUCCUGCUUGCUUGCUAUGGACCAUAUGUUGCGAUUGGAAAUGAUUCAAUUGAAUUACUCUUGAAAUUGAUCCUUAAAUUUCUAUUCAAUGGCUCGGAAGGGUAAUCAUCAGAAAACAGGGUCAGAGCGCCAUGCAUCAAACAGUAAAAAGAAAGGUUCAGACUUGCAGUCCAAGGUGCAAGGAAGAGUACAAGAGAUAAAGGUACGUUCUGGAGAGGAACUGCCAAAUGACAACCACUAUAGCAGAUCCAUUGAAGAAGGCAUGGUGAAUAGUGACACUGGAGAGGGUAUAAAGAACGUAAAAAAUUCUGCAAAGUCUUUGAGAAAAGAAAAACAAGGAAUGGAAGGACUCCAUACUCCAGACGAGCCAACAUUUCCCUCCAAAGAAUUUGAAAACUGCAAUGAAGAUAAUGAGGGUUCUAGAAUAGGAGAACGAUACAAGGGGUCUACUGGUGAUAGGGAGCGGGUACAUUUAGAUUGUAGCUAUAGAGAACGCAUCAGAAAUGUGGUGGACAAUAUAAAAUUUUCAGAUAAUAUUUUGGUGAAAAGUUUUGUGGAAUUUUUGUCAUCAACAUUUGAAGCAGCCCAUGUGUUUCUGGAGAGACAGAGACCUCUGUUUAAUUCUAUGAAGAAAAGUUUACUGAAUACAAGUGACUGUGUUGGAAAGAAUAUUAAGAAGGCAUAUCCCAUUGUUCUGAAGUGGAUGAUGCAUUUUGGUAACAUAAUGCUUCUCAUAUCAAUUGUAUGGUUGGACUGUGCCUUUAGGGGCAUUGAUUCCUUUAUACGUAUGGGGACAACAUCCUUCUUCUCAGUUAUAUGGUUCUCCAUUCUUUCAACUAUUGCAAUGGUUGGACUUCUUAAAUUCCUUGUGGUCUUGGUAAUAGCUGCUUCCCUUGGAAUUUUUGUUGGGUUUGCCUUUGCAAUUUUGGUCAUCGCCAUCUCUGGAAUAGCUUUCCUUUGGUUUUAUGGAAACUUUUGGACAACAUUGCUGAUCAUAUCUAUUGGAGGGUUGGCAUUUAUAUUGAGCCAUGAACGAGUUGCACUUUUUAUCACCACUUUGUAUUCGGUAUAUUGUGGAUGGGUAGGCACUGGAUGGCUUGGUUUGCUUUUGGGCCUGAAUUUGUCGUUUAUUUCAAGUGAUGCUCUUAUUUAUGCCCUAAAGAACAACAUGAAUGAGCAUGGGAGAUCAAACAGAUAUCCUGAACAAGCAGCUGGGAUGCAAGAUCAGCCCGGCUUCUUUCAGGAUGAUCCUAUGCAAGCAUCAUCUUCUGAAUUCAGUGCAGGUUUUGCUGCUGAUCGUAGUUCAGGCACACCUUNGUGGGCAUGUUGGCAAGGGUGUGAACGUGGACUUGUAGUUGUGCUUGGAUUGUCUCGGUUUGAGGAUAUAGUUCCUUCCCUGCUCAAGAAGGAAUAUAGGAAAAAGGCAAUGUUGGUCCAUCCUGAUAAAAAUAUGGGCAAUGAAAAGGCUGCUGAAGCAUUUAAGAAACUUCAAAAUGCAUACGAGGUUUUACUUGAUUCAUUAAAGCGAAAAAACUAUGAUGAUGGACUGAGAAGGGAAGAGUUGCUAAAUGUUUUCCGCAGGUUUCAAAGUGCUUCACAGAAGAGUGGAGGGAUUGGUCCAUUUGCAUUUUCACGAUCAGCCACAGAUAGAGAGGAUCUUUCGGGUGAAUCAAGGCGAAUAGCCUGUAAAAAAUGCAACAAUUUUCACUUAUGGAUUCACACUAGGAAAUUGAAAUCUCAAGCAAGAUGGUGCCAGGAAUGCAAAGAUUUUCAUCAAGCAAAGGAUGGGGAUGGGUGGGUGGAGCAAUCUUCUCAGCCUUUUCUUUUUGGGUUACUGCAGAAGGUAGAAGCUCCUUCUGCAUAUGUAUGUGCAGAGAGCAGAAUAUAUGAUGCUACCGAAUGGUAUAUUUGUCAGGGAAUGAGAUGUCCAGCCAACACCCACAGGCCAAGUUUUCAUGUAAACACCACUACAAGUGUACCCUCUAAGCAAAACACCAGUAGAGGAUCAAGUUCUAGCCAAAGAGGAGGCCAAAUGCCUCCAUCAAAUAUAGAAGAGAACAUGAUGAACAUGACAGAAGAAGAGUUAUUUGAGUGGUUUCAGAAUGCCGUUCUAACAGGUGCGUUCGACAAUGGUGGUGGCAGUGCCACGGAGAGCCCAUCGGCCAAAGCAGGAGGAAGUUUUAACAAGAGUAGUAGCAACAGUGGGAGUGGCAACAAGAAAAAAAAAAAGGGAAAGAAGCAAUGGUGAUAUUGAGGUUGAGACCAUAGUUGAUUAUAGUAAUUUUGAAGUGUAUGGUAGUAAUUCAACAGCCGGAUCAGGUAAGUAAGUUCAUUAAAUAUACAAGGUAGCACCCAUCAUAGGAAAUUUCAAAAUGAAUGGUGCAGAGAUAGGAGAGCCACAGAAGGAUGGCAUCAAGAGUUUGUAUAUAGCGUUUUAACUGUCGUAAAAUGGCUGGACUUCCCUAAGUUAAAACAGGUUGGAAAUGUAUCCAAGAACCCUAAGAUAUUGCACUAACCUUAAUUAUGAGGAAUUAUUUGGAAGAUAGCCUCCAAAUAUGGCUGCUUCGUCCAUUGCC